CUCUCAUAUUCUUCAAACGUGUCGCAGUCUUCUUUGACUUUGAAACAUGGCUGCUUUUAGAGUGACCUAGCUCUAGGUAACGCCUGCUAUGUUAUUAUUUUGAGCUUUAUCAUAUAUUUCUUCAAAGAGCGGUCGUUCGUACAUUUGACCGGACAUGACAGAUAAAGAUGUCGGUAAAGGGAAGGACAGUGCCGGGGAGAAAGGAUACAGGACCCCCGGGCUGAGGGGCGCACAGACAACGACACUGUUCCGAGCUGUGAACCCUGAGCUCUUCAUGAAACCUAAUAAACCAGUGAUGGCGUUUGGACUGGUGACCAUCACCUUGUGUGUGGGCUACCUGGGCUACAUGCACGCAAUGAAAGAAAACGACCAGCAGCUGUAUGAGGCCAUCGACAGCGAAGGAGAAAAAUACAUGAGGAGGAAGACCUCCAAAUGGGACUGAUGGCACAACAUGUUCAAUAACUGUGUGUGUGUCCUGUAAUGACAGAGUGAGUUGUGUGUGUGUGUCCUGUAAUGACAGAGUGAGUUGUGUGUGUGUGUGUCCUGUAAGGACAGAGUGAAUUAAAGCCUGACUGGACUGAAACAAGGACACCUGUGAACUUUUCUC